GCGCGGGCGGCGACCGCGGGAUCGCUGCCGGGCGCGGAUCCGGUGACACCUCUCAGCGCGAGGCACUUGUUGCUCUCAGGACCUGCCGCCCAUCCCUGAGCCCACCUUUCUCCCUCGCCGCCCCCCUGUCCCCUCCUGGCUUCCCUCCUUUCCGUGUGAUCGUCCGGGGCACCGAUCUCUCAGGCACCGCUGUCACCGGCUGGAGAAAUAGAUUAAAGGAGAUAAACUAGAUAAAUAGAUUAAAGGAGAUAAACUUCUUCCGCAGGGGGCCCAGCCGGGCAGCAGCAGCGGCAGGAGCAGGAGCGCUGGCCCGGGCGCCGCAGAGGUGGCGCCUCCCCGGCCCGGGACGCUGGCCCCGGGCGCCGACGGCAUGACGGACGCGGCGACGGCUAACGGGGACGACAGGGACCCCGAGAUCGAACUCUUCGUGAAGGCUGGAAUCGAUGGGGAAAGCAUCGGCAACUGUCCCUUCUCUCAGCGCCUCUUCAUGAUCCUCUGGCUGAAAGGAGUUGUGUUCAAUGUCACCACUGUGGAUCUGAAAAGAAAGCCAGCCGACCUGCACAACCUCGCCCCUGGCACCCAUCCGCCCUUCCUGACCUUCAACGGGGACGUGAAGACGGACGUCAAUAAGAUCGAGGAGUUCCUGGAGGAGACUUUGACCCCCGAAAAGUACCCCAGACUGGCUGCGAAGCACCGGGAAUCCAACACAGCGGGCAUCGACAUCUUCUCCAAGUUCUCCGCCUACAUCAAAAACACAAAGCAGCAGAGCAACGCUGCCCUUGAGCGAGGCCUGACCAAGGCACUGAAGAAACUGGAUGAUUACCUGAACACCCCUCUGCCGGAGGAGAUCGACGCCAACACUCGCGGGGACGAGGACAAGGGCUCCCGGCGCAAGUUCCUGGAUGGAGACGAGCUGACCCUGGCCGACUGCAACCUGCUGCCCAAGCUCCAUGUGGUCAAGAUUGUGGCCAAGAAAUACCGCAACUACAAUUUCCCGGCUGAGAUGACGGGCUUGUGGCGGUACCUUAAGAACGCCUACACCCGGGACGAGUUCACCAACACCUGCGCGGCCGACAGUGAGAUCGAGUUGGCCUAUGCGGAUGUGGCCAAGCGCCUCAGCCGAUCCUGAACUUGGCCGUCUUGCCCCAUCACUGCUGCAGAAAGACUCACCAUCUCCCCAAGGACUCCAGCUUCACGGACUCCUUUUCCACGUCACCUCCAGAAACUUCUGUUUUUAUCAGGCCGCAUCUUGCUGGCAUCAUUGGAACCCCAGCCUGCUGUCUUUGAUGAAGGUCGGCACCAUCCCCAUCUGAUCAGGCAGGAAUCUGCAAGCAGAAAUGAGAGAAACGGUCAAGCUCUCAGCCUUUCGGGCCUGGGCUGGGUUCAGCGUGUUUGGGGUCGGUGCGGGAGAACGAACCCGUCUGUGGGAUGGUCACUGGCCGCUUUUGCCAAUAUCAAAAUGUCUCCUAGGCUGCGUUAGACACGUGCAACACCCUGUCCUCAUCCACUCUCCCCUUUGUCAGUAACUCCAAGGCCAAGGCCAGAGGCCACCUUAGUUCUCAUUAGAAAGAGAUGCAGUGCUUUGUUAGGGGGAGACAGAGGGUGAAUGGGAAGAAUGGAGCAGGUGUGGAUUUGGGCGUCCGGCAGACACACCUCCACUCACUCACCACUUUCUGGCACUCCUGUCACUUCGGGCACUGAAGGCCAGAUUGGAAAACUAUUUCAGACUCAGUCUCAGUUUGCUGCAGUGCCAGGCACAGUCUGAUACUAUCAAGUACCUGGCUUGAUGCAGAUCUCCAUUUUUAUCUGUCCAGGCCUUGCCAGGAAGGGAAAUUGGCAUGAAAUUCCAAGCUGGGGUGACUGGGAAGGGGAGGGGAGGGGAGCAGUGUCAAUGCCAAAAGGCCCAAGGGGUCUACCAGCCAUGGGGUUUGCUUGCGUAUGGGAGUGGUUUCACUGGAGAUUACAUGCCUGGGUUUGACUGUGUUUAUCCACGAGUGAAUUUUGGUCUCUGAGAAAGCAGAUGGGAGUGGGGGGGUGGAGGGAUGGGUGAGGAUCCAAAAAGGUCUUUAGGAGGCUCAACGUUUCCCGGGAAUCUUUUAGACAGGUCUUCUCUCUUAUGAUCUAACUAAGCCUUGAACUGGUGAUGUCAUGUAACUACCCACCUUAUAACAAAAAUCCAAGAAUUGGCCAAAAAUGACUGUCCGGUCUCUUCAAGUUCUUCCUGGAUGUGAGUCUGCUAAGCCGGGUGCUCUCUGAAUCAACUGUAGCCUCCGAUGGGUGAGAGAUACGUUUAGGAGGUGGCUUGAUCGCGGAGGCUUAGGAAUAAAGUCCGUGGGCCUUUCUGAUUGGGAAACCAUGUGGUUUAAACUCGAACAGAAAAUACAUACGCAUCUGGGUAAAUUUUCCUACCAUCUGACUCAAUUGCCAGAUGAAAAAGAAGAAACUGUUUUUUAACUAAUAUUUCGCUCUGUAGUCAUUCUCCUUGAUUUUCACCUCCUUAAAAGCUCACCCUGCUUGAGCACGGGGACCUGUGCAGAGGAAACGAAGAAAAAUGAACUAGUCAUCAGCUCCCUCUUCCCACGAACACCCUGGGAGAAAGUCCACCCGCCACAGACCCUCACCUCCAACAAUCCUUCCUUCUGCGUUGCCUGUUGGUGGCGAGUGAGACUCCCAAGUGCCUGAAAGCCCCAGGACUUGGCUCACCGCUCAGUGAGGGCAGGACGGCACAGGGCCUUCCUGUAGAAACAUCACCAGACUCUAACCCAAGCAAUCCCCGGACCUACCUGCCUCCAGGGAUCUCUGGAGAUAAAAGGGGCCCACUGAUCAGAGCCAAGGAGAGGAAGCAGGAGGGUCUCCUUUAGCCCAGGGAGGAAGACGACAUUUCUGAGUAAGACAUCCUAUAAGCCUGAGACCUUUCAAAAAGCAGAAGGAAUGGAUGCAUUUUCACCUCUAAGGGAACCUUUCCACAGACCCCCUGGUAAUUUUGUCCCUGGAGAUGUUUGAAAAGAACUGGUAAGGAAACAGUCCUUUUGACUGUAGGGAAAAGCCCCAAACUGGCCUCCUGGGAGGUGAAAGCUUGAAUGAUCCCAAAGGCCUUUUAAGUAGUGUGAAAUCCUGUUGUCCCAGAAAUCCUUCCCUCAACGUCACAGCACAGGCAUGAUGAUCUAAGAGGCAGUUUACUUUCCUGAGACCCAGAGAGGCGCUCUUCUUAAAGCACAUCUGAGAAGCAUAGACAGCCAGCGACAGAGAAAACAGGCGGACGCUCAAGUGGAGUAGCUCCCCCAGAGGAGUUUUUGCACACCAAGACUCUGCUUUGAUAUUCAGAAUUCAGCAAUUGGUGAGUCUUUAAACACAGCCUUUAAAAACAAGCAAGCCAAACCAAAUCAACAUUGUUGCUUCUAGAUGUUCCUUCUGUGGUUGACUUAGUUUUACAUAAAUAGCAAUAUUAAGGCACAGGGGUGGGGUUGGGACAGUUAUGGGAUCCAUCGUAACCACUUAGAAGAGGGAGAGGAGUUAUAGAUGGAUGGCACUUUCUGGUACUCAAUCCAGGACUAUCUUUUUAUUGCAACAGGAGAUUAUCAUGUGAUGCAACUGACUAUUGAUUUAAAGCUUUAAUGUCUAUGACCAGAUUUAUCAGAAUAUUUUUAAAUAAUAAUAAUAUUGCCUUAUGAUUAUUUUUUUCCAAAGAGAUUUUUCUCCAGAUCUUUCAGCCUCCCUGGGUUUUGGCCAUGACCUUGUCACGUACACAGCUUAUCAUCUCCCAGCAACAGUGUGGAGAGGUCCUUAGGUGUCCCCAGAACCAACUCAGGGAGUAUUGAUGGUCUGCAGUUUGACCCUGGGCUCCAGAGUGUUAAGAUGGGAGGUGACCUUUGUCAUUGGUCUGGAAUGCAUAUCGAUGCCUCAGAAAGCAUUUCAAUGACGCUGAAAGGGGAUUUAUUUGGGUUAAGAUCCUGUUUUACUCUGGAUUUAACACUCUCCUUCGACUUUCACAUCACUGUGGCUUUUUUGGUGGAGUAGCAUAGUGGGGGAGAAACAAGAAUCAUACUCAGAACGACUGUGUUGAAUUUACCCAUCUUCUCAGUCCUGCCUGCCUCUCAGGUGGCCCCAAGAGGGUAUGGGAUAAGAAUUUAAUAGCUAUAAAAGAUGAGCUGGGUCAGUAAAAUCUGGAUUGGUCCAGAGCAUAGUUUCUUCUAUGGCACGCCUUCAUCACCUGACAAUUCAGAAUCACAGGCAUGAGUAUGGCUGUCUUGUUUUGAACAAGGAUACAGCUACCUGGCACCAAGCUCAUGAGUUGAAAAGUGAAACCCACACUCCACUGGGUUGUUCGACCACAGGAUCUCAAACCGGUUUCAGCUUCCUAGGAAAUGGCACUGUCUUCAGCGUUCACUUCUCGUGCUGGUGGGGCCAUUGAGGAGUUUGAUCUUUUCAUUAGAAAGGGGCCAUGGCAAGAGUGAGGUUUCCUGGGCUGAAUUUUCUAGCGCUGAAUGAAAUAACAGAAGCUCACAACACCUGUGCCCACUGGCCACUCUGCAGAAAGACAAGACCAAGCAUCUUAGAAUUGUUGCAAAAUGCAUCAUGCCCAGAAUGGACCCUGAAGAUCUAAGAGUCUUAGAAAUCAGCAAGGUCUGGACAAAUAGAAUUAAAAGGGAGGCAGAGUCAGGAAAGUGCAGGUCUGCCUAGUAAGUUUUUCAUCAGGAGGAAACAGGGAGAGUCUGUCUGAAAUUAAGUUGGUCUCGGGGCAGCAGACAUCCAGUAGGUACGUCUGUGGCUCCUAUUUCCACUGACCAGGAGUCAGUUCAACAGCAGAGGGAAUCAAGAUGCUGGUGUCUUCCUCCUUGGAAAGAUGAAGCAUUAACUCAUGGUUAAAACUAAGCUCGAUGAUUCACAAGGGAUCACUUUCUUUUUUUUUAUGUAGCCUUAAAAAGAACCUAAAGCAUUAGAGAAAGGAGUGUGCCUGUGAAGCGUCCUGGUUCUGAUGUUAGGACAGAAGUGAUCACAUCAUUGGCUUUGGGACCCUUCUAGCACACAAGGCCCAUUAUCUUCUAUCCACUGCUCUUGGCAUUUAAUCCAAACAACACGUGCCCUCCUAUGAAUGCAUCUUCCUCUCCCUUUGUCAAUAUUCUCCUCCCAGUUUAGUCUCAGGAUACUUUCAUUUCGUAAUUAGGUAUGAUCCAAAGUGUGCAUAAUCUUACUUAAUGUUACUCAAGGAAAUGGAUCCAAUGCUCCCCUCCCCAACCAAAAAUAAAAUUAAAAAUUGCCUCAUUGUAGGGUUUGGGCUAAUCUGUGUUUCUAUAAAAGCAAUCUGUUUUUUGGCGAAAUACAAUUUUAAGGAUACAGUUGUCUAAGGUAUUUAUGUAUAAUUAGAGAUUUUGCAAUAUUGACUAUGCAUAUAUUUAAAAUAUAAAAUAUCCAGCUGAUGUUUGAAUUUGUCUAUCUUUCCUGACCACCUGCCUAUCCCAUUUUAUAAGCUGGAGCGCUAACUAAUUUAGCAAAAGAAGCCUAGCUUUUAUAAAAGAUCAAACAUUUCAUUUUAUAAAGACACUCCCAAUGAUGGUAACUUGAUUUUUCUCAAGACCUUUAACUGUGGUGAUAAAAUAACAGGUCUUGCUUUCAAGCCUUAAUAAUGUAAAAUGCCUUUUAAUGAAGAUAUUGCUGAGUGUCUUCCUCAUGAAUCUGAACUGGUUAUAAAUUUGUUUUCCAGUCUUGAUUGAUAUUGACUGAUUCAAAUAAAGUUGGUUUAUUUUCAAAUAUUACAAAGGCGAUCAUCAGACUUCUUACUGGAGGUGGGGAUUUCCUAUGCUGUUUGAAAUGUGUACGAAAUACCUCUUUUUUCCCCAAACGUUGUUUUAUUUUCCCAUUAUAAAAGAAAAUAUGUUCAUUCUUCUUAAAAAUCAAAAGCAAAUAAAAAUUACACAACAAUAAAAAAGAAUGAAAUAGGGAAUUCCCUGGUGGUCCAGUGGUUAGGAUUUGGCACUUUCACUGCCGAGGCCCCGGGUUCAAUCCCCGGUUGGGGAACUAAGAUCCCGCAAGCCCCACGAUGCAGCCAAAAAAAAAAAAGUAAUAAAAGGAAUGAAAUAAUACCAUUUGCAGCAACAUGGAUGGACCGAGAGAUUAUCAUACUGAGUGAAGUAAGCUAGACAAAGACAAAUAUCAUAUGAUAUCGCUUCUAUGUGGAAUCUGAAAAAUAAAAGAUACAAAUGAACUUAUUUACAAAACAGAAAUAGACCCAGAGACAUAGAAAACAAAUUUAUGAUUACCAAAGGGGUAGGGGGGGAGGGAUAAAUUAGGAGGAUGGGAUUAACAGAUACACACUACUAUAUGUAAAAUAGAUAACCAACAAGGACCUACUGUAUAGCACAGGGGACUAUACUCAGUAUUUUGUAAUAACCUAUAAGGGAAAAGAAUCUGGAAAAGAAUGAAUAUAUGUAUAUAUAUAUAUAUAUAUAUAUAUAUAUAUAUAUAUAUAUAUAUAAAACUGAAGCACUGUGCUGUACACCUGACACUAACAACAUUGUAAAUCAACUAUACUUCAAUUAAAAAAAAGAAAAGAAAAAAAAAAGGAGGAAGAAGAACAGAAGGAAAAGCAAAAAGCUUGUGACUCAGCCAUCCAAAAACAGAUUUUUAUUUUAGCAAAGCUAAAUAUUCUAUCAUGGUGCAUGGCCCAGGUGAAAAAAAUAUACUGAUGUUCCUUCAUGGGUCUUAUUUCAAUUUCCUAUGUGUAUUGUACCUGAGAGUGGGCCAGCAGUGACAGUGUAGGUACGAUUUAAGGAACACCUUAAAAGACUGAUCUAUCUGCACCCAAAGCUCUCUCUUGGCCCUCGGUGGCCUCGCCCUAUCAGCUUUCCUGGUCUGAAAUUCCCACCCUUAGCAUCAUGUCACUGACUCUGGAUUAAGGUCCCCAGAAUCCUCAGUAAGAAUUUACCUGUAGGGGCUUCCCUGGUGGCGCAGUGGUUAAGAAUCCACCUGCCAAUGCAGGGGACAUGGGUUCGAGCCCUGGUCUGGGAAGAUCCCACAUGCUGCAGAGCAACUAAGCCCGUGCACCACAACUACUGAGCCUGCACUCUAGAGCCCACUAGCCACAACUACUGAAGUCCGCAUGCCACAACUACUGAAGCCUGCAUGCCUAGAGCCUGUGCUCCGCAACAAGAGAAGCCACCGCAAUGAGAAGCCCUCGCACCACAACAAAGAGUAGGCCCCGCUCGCCGCAACUAGAGAAAGCCCACGAACAGCAACGAAGACCCAACACAGCCAAAAAAUAAAUUAAUUAAUUUAUUAAAAUAAAAUUAAAAAAAAAAGAAUUUACCUGUAGUCAACGUAGCACCUGAGGAGGACCUCUGUGAGCAUUCACACUGCUGAAAGGUGCAAAGCUCCCAGAAGUCCUCUGUGCUCUCCGUGCUCUGUCAGAACAGCUUCUCAUCCCUUGGAAGAGAUCAGACCCUUGACUCAGGGAAUAAGUCCUGGUGGGAGAGGCAGCCGGCAGCUCAGAGAAGAUACUGUUGGUGGUCAUCUCUCCAUCCCAACCACCCCUAUCUUCCUCUGGUGAUCUCUGAUGGGGUCAGGAGUCCACUUCCCCAUUCCUCCCUCCUCCCCACCUGCCCACACUUUCCCCACCCUCCUGUGACUCAGGUGAAAAUGGUUCCAACCCCAGGUUCAGGGGUGAAUCAUGAAUGGUCUGAGCCUGUCCUCCUGGCUGUGGUUGGUUUCAGAGUGGACUCUUGACCAAGUUUCACCCAGUGUUGUGAGGGGAGGUUUGUUCAGGAACUGCUGAGAAAGAUUUCCUUGUUUUUCAGAAAGUGACUCCCUAAGUCACUGCCUCUGGUGCUCCCUCGGAAUGUGGGUGUGAGGUCUGGAAGUGCUGCCGCCCUCUGGAGACCAUGAGGGCCAAGCCUCAGGCAAAGGCAGUAAUACACCGCAAAAUGCAACAAGAGUGGAGAGAGCCUGGGUCCUUGAUGGGACCCCGAGCUGCUGAAAUGUCAAACCUUGAGACUGCACUUCUUGUCCUGUAAUACAUCCUAGACUGUUUGAGGAUGUUUAUUGCUUAUUUGUUUAUUACUAUGAGUGGCCAAAACAUCCUAAGUGGUAUAUUAGCCAAGUUUGUUGUUGCUGUUAAUAGCCAGUUAUAUCAUCAGUUUGUUCACCCAGGAGGUGUUCUGUGUUUCUAUUGUUUGCGUGCAGAGGGUCUGUUCUACAGGCUGACCAAGGGCUGGGAACAUGGAUCUUCAUCUCUCUGCAUCUUGUUUCCUUCCCUAUGCUAUGACAAAACCAAGGGGCAUGCGAGUGGCAAUCACUGUGCUUGGCACUGAGGAGAAGUGCGCCUUGUUCCAGAGAAGCUUCCAAAAGGUGGACUUGGAGAUGAGAGCAUCUCAUAGACUCAAAGGUGUUGUGAGCCAUGUCUUUUUUACUUUUAUGUCUAGUAGCUUAAGAUUGCCAGAGUCCCCAGUAAGUUUUGCCUUGUGGGGAAAGGCAUGGGGUAUCAGAUGAGAGAGGUAGGAGGCUGAAUAUUGAAAACAAGGAGAUCAGGAUUUUAAUCGUAGGUCCAUCACUUAGUUACUAUGUGACUUGGCACAAAGUCCCUUUCUGAGUCUCAGUUUCCCCCAGGGGUUAUUAAGGCAUCUUGCCUAUGAGAUGAUGAAAUGCCUGAUGAAGAGUAUUUAUGAAUAAAUAAAGGGUUAUUUCAAGUGGAAUGACAUUUUGGCCAAUUGGAAUCUUCAAUCUGUUGGAAGAUCUCACUGUAGUCUUUAAUGGAAAGAGAUGAUCACCAGAAAACACAUGGAUACUAGGAAUGUGUGUGUGUGUGUGUGUUGGGGGACUGUCUUUUAAAGUAAAUUUCAGGCUAUUUUGGAGUCAGUUCCCAUCCACAUCAGCCUCCUAUCUUUCUCAUCUACACUGAAUGAAAUCAUCUAGAUGCAAUGAGAAUGACUGUGGGCCCUGCAAUUAGGUUCACUGAGCUACAGUUAUUUAUACAGAAAGUAAAGCAGACUCAAGUUUUGGAAAGAUUUUCAAUAUAAAGAAAGGACAUUUUAAAAAAUUUGAGUUUAACCCGUCUUUAACUAGAAUAUCUCAAUGUCCCAAACCUUCAAACCAGUGAAUUUGUAUAGGACUUGGAGCCUAGACCACACAAGAUGCAUAAUACAAAUGUCAUAAUAGAGACCAGCAUAGAAUCAAGUCCAGAUCGACCUGUGGCUUGGUUAUAUGCCAUUUUGUAGCUACUUGGAAUUGUUCCCUGUGUGUCAAUCACUCCUCAUAGCCCCUUCCCCAAUGAGAAACUAAGCUCCUUUAAGGACUGGAACGUAGGUUAUCCGAUUUUUGUGCCAUGCCUCACCUGUCCAGCACUCAGCAAAUAUUAGAUGCUCAAAAAUAUUUAUCAGUGGUUGAUUGGAGAGUCAUGAGACAGUAUUCGAGACUUCUGGUUCACCUCGGAUCUCACUCCUCACUUCCCUGGAGUCCCUGAUCCCCACUGUAUCAUAAUUCUGAAAAUAGAAUGAUAACAGAGUCCAGGACAGAAAUGCAUGUCUGUGUUUGUUCAGUAUGCUUUCAUUAUACAUCUGAAGAAUGGAUCCUUCUAAUACAGUCUGUACAGCGCUUAUCUGUCUGAAAAGAUGAAAAGCCGUCUAACGCACAUUGAAUCGCAUGGUUGUGAUUAGGGAAUGAUUUAGCCAGUUCCCCAAGUUGGCCACAAAAUUCUGCCUCGAUUUGGUGUACUUAGAAAUGGAUUAGAAGUUCUGAAAUGAGGGUGACUCUGGAUGCUAUAGUCCUGCAAUUAUCUGGCUCAAUAUGAGUUAAACAAAUGCAUCUUUUUUUCUGAAUAUAUGUUCGUUAGAGAAAACUUAGAAAAUACAAACUAGCAGAAAAGAAGAAACUAAAAGAAUACCUGUAACCCCUCCACCAGGAGAUCACCACCUUUAAUUUACACGUAGUUAUCUUUCUAGGCAUUUUCUAGUGAGAUUGAAAUAUAAAUAUAAACAAUUUUUUUUAACCAAAGAGCUAUUAUUGACAACUGAAAUCAAAGUACUUUCUUGUCUCUAUGAUAAACAGUUAUGAGCAAAACAUAUAUUCCUGUUUCUGUGCCAAACUAUACUAGGACUAGGCACAAGUAACCUGCUAUUUGCUCCAGAAAAUACUUGCUUACUUAUCAAGAUCAACAGUUUGCUCAACAAUGUUUGUUUCAAGACCGUACCUUACUGUGUCCAUCAAUCCAAAGCUGUUAUGUCAUAUGUCGUUCAAUCCCCACCAGUUCCCCACCUGGUAAGACCCACCUUAUAAUCAAUCACUCAGCUCUGGCGUAAAGCCCUGUAAAUAUCCUCCUCCUGCAGUUUCCACUUUCUGCUCUACUACUAAGACUCUGUAUUCUUCUUUAUUGAAAUAAAUCUAAUAAACUUAGCUUUUCUCAAUCAA